GUUCAGGAAGUUGUUGCUGCCACUACAGUAUUAUGUUUUCAACCUGACGCGUAAAGAACUAACAGUUGAGGCUAACACCUUUAUAGUUGUCCAGCAUAAUACUGUUCUAUAUAUAUAUAUCAAUUUUCUAAGACAGAAAAGAACGUAAUGGAUUCUGAUUCAGUGUUCUACACUGAUCGAAGUGGAAAAGUCACCAGUAACCCACUGCUGGACCAGCUCCCCAGCUAUCAGUCCUUGCUGUACCGCAGGAAGGGAUCCAAUACUGGCACCAAGAGAAGGAGCAGCUCUCGAGCUCGUGUUGGCUCUUCCGGCAGUGGGAGAUGGACUCUAAGUACUGUAAAUAGACAUGAUGAGAACCAGAAGAGCCAAGUGGAGCAGAGACCAACGAGAGAGCUUGCCCAGACAAUGGCUGAGAAACGCCGACACAAAGCGCUACGCCUACAAGAGAAUGCAGACCUCACCAGCUGGAGACAGUGGAGGCAAAACACCCAUAGAUAUCUCCGCAGGCUGCAAGAUGAUGUCCAUGAGUGGCUGACCGCUUUGCAGCUCUGGAGGAGCGACAUCCACAUUAUAGAGGGAAUGUUUGGCACAGGGAUCCUGUCCUACUUUUCUUUCCUGCGCUUCCUUGUCAUGCUCAACCUGAUCAUCUUCACGCUCAUGUUCAGUUUCGUCUUGCUGCCCAUCAUCAUUGCCCCGCAUGCUUCAGGGAACAUCACCUACAACCGGAAUGAUGGUAGUAUUUGCAGUGUUUAUCCAACUAGUGCUCGCCAAGGUCUUGUCAUUUUUCACGAGCACAUCGCAGACCUCUUAUCUGGCGGGGGUUUUCUUGAGCAGACCUAUCUGUUUUAUGGCUACUACAAAGCGGACAAAAUCCACUUCUCCAGGACCACCUAUAAUUUGCCUCUUGCCUACCUGCUGGUAACUGUAGCAUACCUGUUCCUCAGUCUGAUCUGGAUUGUUAAAAGGUCUGCCAAUGGUUUCAAACGUAACCUGGUUCAAGAUGAAGACCGUUUCCAGAGUUUUUGCAACAAGAUCUUUGCUGGUUGGGACUUCUGUAUCUCCAACAUGAAUGCAGCAAAGCUCAAAAGAAACAGUUUACUUUAUGAACUUCGGACAGAUUUGGAGGAAGAAAGGAUCAAACAGAAAAUAGCAGAUCGGACCCGUGAAGAGAAAUGUCGCAUUUAUCUCAUUCGUGUCAUCCUCAACCUGUUUGUCAUUGCUGUAUUGGCUUGUUGCUUCUACAGCAUUUACAUUGCAACCAUUUUCUCCCAGGAAGCACAGAUGAAUGAAGUCAAGGUCAAUUUUAUUGUGGAUCUCAUCCACCAAUACCUGCCAUCAAUUGUUAUCACUUUGGCCAACUUCAUCACUCCGCUCCUCUUCUCCGUCGUCAUCAACUAUGAGGACUACUCGCCGGCUUUUGAGAUCCGUUUUACUCUCAUGAGGUGUGUAUUCAUGCGACUUACCAGCAUUGGAGUUUUGCUCUUCUCUCUCUGGUCUCAUAUCACUAAAUGCAAAGAGGAGCCGUGUGUCUGCGGCUAUAACCAUGAGCUGUACUCAUGUUGGGAGACACGCAUUGGCCAGGAAAUGUACAAACUCACCGUCUUUGACUUUAUAAUUAUUGUGGCAGUCACCAUCUUUGUGGAGUUUCCCCGAAAGCUGAUAGUCAAGUACUGUGACUGUGGCCUUGCUAAGUGGUGGGGUCAGCAGGAGUUUGCUAUCCCUCAGAAUGUUCUCGAGAUUGUCUAUGGUCAGACCAUCUGCUGGAUCGGCACAUUCUACUCCCCAAUGCUGCCUGCAAUCUGCACCAUCAAGUACUUUUUUAUCUUUUACAUCAAAAAGGUGUCACUGAUGAAAAACUGCCGCCCAGCCACACGUCCAUUCAGAGCCUCAAGUUCCAACUUUUUCUUCCUGGGUGUGCUACUGAUCGGCUUGAUUUUGGCCUGUGUGCCUGUUAUUGUUAGUGUAGCACAAAUAAACUGCUCCCAGGCGUGCGGCCCAUUUGUGAAUUACACCACCUCCUGGGAGGUGCUGCCAACUGCCAUAUCCCAGCUACCCAGUGGGGUCCAAACGCUCCUCUUCGCCGUCUCAUCUGAGGCUUUUGCUGUGUCCUUCUUUGUUGUUACAUGUUUAGCCAUGUUUUAUGUGAUCGCACUCGCUGGAGCACACAAGAGGGUGAUCAAACAACUUAGGGAGCAGCUCGCCAUGGAGGGUCGAGACAAGCAUUUCCUGAUCCAGAAACUGUGUCAGGCCCAGAAACUCUCUGGUAUCACAUCGCCUGGCCCGCAAAGUCAGCGGCGGUCCAGCAGAAACAGCCCCACUUACCACACCAGCUUCUCCAACAAUUUUCCUGAAGGGGUGUUCUUCGCACAUUCACCUCUCGACACUUCUACACAUGUGUGAAGCAAGAUUUAGGAGCUCUGGAGGAACAAACCACAAGACUGGACAAGCAAGCUGCAGUUGGAUGGAACCAAAACUGUUUGUUUUAAUGUAAUAGACAUUUUCACUGUGUAUUGGCUAAACAAAAUACCGGUAAUUUGUUGGGUUUUUUUCAUUAUCUUUUCCUUCUGAGAAGGACUUAACUACAUAUACCAGAUCUUUGUUAAACAACUUUUAGGACUGUAUUGUGCACUUUAUAUUAAUUAUUGCUAAAUACUGACAUUAUAAAAUGUUAAUUUGUAUGUGAUUAUGCAAAAACUGAUAACAUACACCACAAUGCAAACCUGUCCGUACUGUUAAA